CGCCCCGCCCCCUCCCGCCGGGCGAGCGAGAGGGUCAGUUAGUGGAAGUCUCUGUGAUUGUCUCGGUCUAGCAAACGGGUUGCGAGGGCUUUUUAUCGUCAUCCUCCUGUCGGUCAGUGUGGGUGGAGGCGGCGGGGAGUGGGCUUCCCAUGCGGCGGAAGGAGAAACGGCUCCUGCAGGUGGUGGGGCUGGUGCUGGCCGCCCUGCUUUUCAUGCCCAACGUGGGUCUGUGGUCAUUAUACAGGGAGAGGCAGCUGGAAAGCAAUAGUGGGGCACCGGAGGAGGGACAGGUUCUGCUAGUCAGACAAAAGGAUGAAUAUGUCAGAGAAAAAGGAACUGGAAAGAAGGACUGGCACGACUAUCAGCACAUUAGAAAAGAUCAGGAUCGAACAGGAAAUGGAGAGCAAGGCAAGCCUUUUCCGAUGACUGAUGCAGACCGCGUUGACCAGGCAUAUAGAGAGAAUGGAUUCAAUAUAUAUGUCAGCGAUAAAAUAUCUCUUAACAGAUCUCUUCCUGACAUCCGGCAUCCUAACUGCAGAAGCAAGCAGUAUUCAGAGAAGCUGCCAAACACCAGCGUAAUCAUUCCUUUCCACAAUGAGGGAUGGUCUUCACUCCUGCGCACUGUGCACAGCGUUCUUAACCGCUCACCUCCUGAGCUCAUUGCAGAAAUUGUGCUGGUGGAUGACUUCAGCGAUAAAGAACAUUUAAAAAAGCGUCUGGAGGACUACAUGGUUAAUUUCCCAAAGGUGAGAAUAGUCCGUACUAAGAAGAGAGAAGGCCUGAUUCGUACUCGUAUGUUGGGAGCCUCAGUAUCUAUAGGAGAUGUUAUCACUUUCUUAGAUUCACACUGUGAAGCUAAUGUGAACUGGCUUCCACCAUUAUUGGACCGCAUUGCUCAGAACCACAAGACAAUUGUGUGCCCUAUGAUUGAUGUCAUUGAUCACGACCACUUUGGAUAUGAGACACAAGCUGGGGAUGCAAUGCGGGGAGCAUUCGAUUGGGAAAUGUAUUAUAAACGUAUCCCUAUUCCUGUUGAGUUGCAGAAUUCAGACCCUAGUGAACCUUUUGAGUCUCCUGUUAUGGCUGGUGGGCUGUUUGCUGUUGACAGGAAGUGGUUCUGGGAGCUUGGAGGAUAUGAUCCUGGCUUAGAGAUUUGGGGAGGGGAGCAGUAUGAAAUUUCCUUUAAGGUGUGGAUGUGCGGAGGACGUAUGGAGGAUGCUCCGUGCUCCAGAGUGGGGCAUAUUUACCGCAAAUACGUACCUUACAAAGUGCCUGCUGGAGUUAGCUUAGCCAGGAACUUGAAGAGAGUUGCUGAAGUUUGGAUGGACGAAUAUGCAGAGUACAUUUACCAGCGCCGACCUGAUUAUAGGCAUCUAUCGGCCGGCGAUGUAGGAACUCAGAAGGAACUCCGAAGUAAAUUGAAUUGCCAGAACUUCAAAUGGUUCAUGACUAAGAUAGCUUGGGAUUUACCAAUCUACUACCCUCCAGUAGAACCACCAGCAGCUGCCUGGGGAGAGAUUCGUAAUGAUAAGGCAAACCUAUGUGUGGACACAAAGCAUGCGUCUAUGGGAUCUGAAUUACGUCUUGAUACCUGUACCAAGGGCCGUAAUGUAGAUGCAUGGAGCAACGUGCAGGUUUUUACCUUGGGCUGGCGGGAGGAUAUCCGUGCUGGAGACCCUCAGCAUACUAAGAAGGUUUGCUUUGAUGCCAUUUCCCACACCAGCCCUGUAACAUUGUAUGACUGUCAUGGUACGAAGGGAAAUCAACUUUGGAAAUACAGAAAGGACAAGACUAUUUAUCACCCGACUAGCAACAGCUGCAUGGACUGCCAUGAGUCUGAACGAAGGAUAUUUAUGAAUAUCUGUGAUCCAUCCUCACCGACGCAAAAAUGGACUUUUGAGAAUACAAACUCAACUGUCUUACAAGCCUUUAACAAAAACAUGGACUUAUAACAAUGGGAGAAAUAUACAUAUAUAAAUAGGAAAUUAUAUAUUUUAAAUCUAUAUUUUUUACAUGUGAGGGAGGGUUUUUUUUCAUUCUGGUAAGAAAAUUGAUUUUUCCUUUUGAUCUAUGUCUAGGUGAAAAGGGGGUAUUUUUUAAGGUGUUCAUGCGGGCUGUAUUUGUUUUUUUGAUGCUGCAAAUUAACUUUUUAUAGGUAUUAAUUUUAAUAUUUUGAGGUAAUUGUGACUGUAUUUUGAGGUGUACAUAUUCAAAAAUUUACUUUCAUUAGCCAUGGGUUGGAGAAUCUUGCUUAUAUGCUACAUUUUUUUCUAUAUUAUACUUCUGCAAAUAAGCACUGUUUUAAAAAUUGGGUAUGUCUAAAGCCAAAGUAGCUUCACCAAAGUAAACUCAGAAUUUAUUAGAAGCUUAAA